CUUCAAAGUACUACCAAUGCUCAGCUGGAUAUCUACCAAAGGGGAAAGCCAAUAUUGUAGUUAGGACAGAAUUAGGCCUAUUUCAUUUUAAAAUAAUGUCCAUUGUACCUCCAAGGGCAACACUGAGAUGGAAAGAGUGGCUUCCUUUACUCACACAACAGCAACGUCUUCGCAACCUAAUACAAAUAAUUGGAUUCAAUGUCAAUCCCUUUGAGAAAUGCACUCAUUUAGUAAGAGGAGUGGGUAAAUUGAGCUACUAUUACACAUUACAUUUGACAACAAUGUCAGCUCCAUUUUAUACAAGUGAAAAACUUGAAAGUGAUAAUCCUAAAUGGGCGGAUAUUGAGAUCAGUCAGGCAAUUGGUCCUGCCACAGGGGUGGUGAUCAGGCUGUGGUGCCACUCAGCGACUGGGGAGGAGAGUACGGAGCUGGUAGUGGCUGUAUGGGGCAUCUACUUCAGCGGCUUGGCGUACAUCGGUCCAAGACUUGUCACCUCGGAUCCGUCACAGUUCCACAGCAACACGCUCAUAUUGCACAUGCAGGGUGGAUACUUCACAGCACCUCACUGCUUCAAGGAGCCCAGAGUCGAGCCUCGACGCGUAGUCUCAGUGCUCAUGACCCCCGUAGAGUUACGUCAGAGCUACUCCGUCAGCCGACUGUUGAGGCUGCAUUCACUCCAGCAAGCUAUCAAGCAACAUUCAGUUGCAGCUGCUUCUCUUAGAGAGAGGAUCUCGGACGGAAGUUUGAGUGGGAGUAGCAGUGAAGGAAAGGAGAGCGCCAUGCUGCGUCGGGUGUUACAUCGUGCCAAGCCUACAGGUGCAACACCACGACUCCAUCAACAGCUGACAGCUGUGAAACGAGAAGUGGAGGAGGUGAGGUUCAGAGUACAUCUGCUGACUCAUGAGAGGGAUAAGAAGAAGUCAGCCUUGCGCAGGCAGCUGGAGGACAAGAGUAAACUUACCGAUCGAAUGUUGGACGAAGAUUUAGAAUUGGUGGAAAAGAAUCGGAUGCUUCACAAAGAAAUGGAACGUCUGAAAGAUCUUAAACGUGUUUCUAUAGAUGCCAAAGAAAAUCUGUUUUCUGUCAACCAAAUGCUGUUAGCUCUGAGACGAAAGCGCAUUUCAGAGUUAAAUUAUAUAUACCCCAUCAGUCAGAUUGGAGAUGACAAGUUUGCCAUCUGUGGAGUCCAUCUGCCCAACUCAGAAGAUUUUGCUGGACAUGAUGAGAUUAUGAUCUCAGUAGCGCUGGGUUUUGUCGCUCACCUGGUCCAGAUGAUUGCGUAUUUCUUGCACGUUCCUCUCCGUUACUCCAUUGUCCAUGCAGGCUCUCGCAGUAAGAUCAUCGACCAUAUCACUGACAAGAUACCUGAUAAGGAGAGAGAAUUUCCUCUAUUCUCUAAGGGCAAGGAUAAGCUUCAGUUCAACUACGGAGUGUAUUUGCUCAACAAGAACAUCGCACAGUUGAGAUGGUAUUGUAGCCUCACCACGUCAGAUCUCAGGUGUACACUGCCUAACUUGCUGGCUCUGCUGAACCUCAAGCCCAGCCUCAGCGGGGCUGGACUGGAGGCAGGCAAGCGUACAAUGUCCAGCUCUACACUUGAGCUGCAGGGUGUGAGAGGCUUGCGGCCGCCUCAGGCUCCUCUCUGCUACUCCCUAGACAAGGGCUUGGACCGGCUGGACCACGGCAGUCCACGCCUAGUGCCUCGGCAACGGAGCAUCACACACAACAGCUCCGAGCCCAACGAGAUCUUGGUACCGCACAGUUCAGAAGACGAUGGACAGCGAGAGUUCCUCAACUCCUGGAUGGCGCAGGGCCCGGCGCCGAUAUGCUCUGACUCUGAGCGCAGCUUGCGUUCCAGCAAUGACAUCCUGCUGCAGGAGGAGAGUCUGGCAAGCAUCAUCAACAAGAUCAACUCUCCUUCCAAGUAUCCGACAAACAUAUCCAGAGACUCCACGGAUGCCUUCACUUACCAGAGUAUCCGACAGGUUACGUCCCAAAGUACAUACGCAGAUUCAUAGCACUUGAAAAGGCACUAGGCCAAAUUCGUUGUAACAGUGUUGGGAUGGAUUGACAUUUUUGUGUACAAUUGAAAGGUUUGAUUUAACAAUUAGAAAAGUACAAGGUCUCGUUUCAGAUGUCCUUUUCACUGUGCUUUGUUCACAAAAUAAGUGGCGGAACAUUUUAGGCUCAGCUUAUAAAAAUAUUUUUAUGUCAAAAUGAUUUAUGCUCAUAAUUAGAACACAAUGUCCGCAGAAAAUUACAGUAAAUUUGUUUAUGUUCUUUUUUUCAAUUUUUUUUAAAAUUUCUUGUGAAAAAUCCACACUGUUUAAAAACUGUGCCUUUUCAAGGAACCAAUAUUUUGACUGAUGUAUUAUACUUUCCACUGUGUAUUAUAUAAUUUAUGUAUAUUUAGAUGAUGAUUAUUGUGUACUAUAUUUUUGUGAAUGCCCGUUAGUUUAUCUCUGUGGGCUCCCCAAGAUUAUUCUUAUUCCAGGUGGCUGUGCAUUUUAGGUUUAAUAUACCAUAGUUUAGUGCAAUGAUUUAAUUAAUGUUUUUUCACAAUUGCAUCGAUGCCAAUGACCUUGUAACACUGAUUCUUUAAUUUGCUUAACACGUUCAAAGUAAUCUUGUUUAAAAUGUCUAUCCACAGAAAAUUUGUUCCACAGUAUUAAAAUGCGACAUUUGCUUUGCCAAGCUUUGAAUACAAUGUGCCCCACACUUUUAUGUCAUUUAUAUAGAAAAUCCACUUAACAUAAUUGGUAAGCAUUUGUAAACUGUAGACUCAUAGUAGUUUUUUUACACUUCACCCUUUAAAGUCCCAAAACAGAGAACCUAAUCUUAGUUAAUUAUUUAACAUUAUUUUAUGAUAUGAGGGCAAUCAAGAAAGCAAGGAAGAUUUUGGAAUAAAAGAAAAAGUUUGUACAGAAAAAUAAUUAUAAUGCCUACAUUUGAAAGAGCAACUAAAAUACUACUUUUCUAAAUAGGCACUUAUCAUAGCGGUGGAUGAGCAUUGAAAUUUCAUUGUCGUAGAAUUCCGCUGCCUGCGAGCUGAACCACUUAGUGAAAUGCAACUGGAGCUACUUGUCAUUAACAAAGUGCUGUGCUGCUUACCAAGUCAAUUCUGGGAAAUAAACUGAACUGUAGGGUAGUUGCUAAUUGAAUGAUUACAGAUUUUGUGUGCAAUUGGAAUUGGCCUCAUGAGGUCAGGCAUUGUAAUGCAAAAACUAAAUGUUGGACAUCAACUUCAGUAUAGCCGUUUUGAAACUGAAAGCACUAUAUCUUUUCAUUUAUCAAGUUGUUUCCGUACAACUCCGCAGACUCGACAAUAAAAAAGUGUAUAGGUUUUAAGGUUAUGACUGCACCUCACAACUAGUGAGAUUUUCAAUUGCUGCAAACUUUUAACACAGUAAUAUUGCAACAAAGUGUAACACAAAGACAUUUUCACAGUCAUUGAGGAGGUGAAAACGUCUGUACUCUGUUCAGAGUAAAUGUUCCUUACUUUCUGAAUAGCCCUCAUACAUGAGACAUAGUUAAGAUUUUAACUGGAUAUCUUUUCAGCUUUUAGGUUUGAUUCAAUUUGGUACUGUGUUUGAAGCAAUUUGGCAACUACCUUUAAGCUGCAAAAUUGUACAGUAGAACCUCUUUAAUCCGAACUAAUUGGGACCAGGGGUAGUUCGGACUAUUGAAUAGUUCGGAUUACAGAACAUAUUGUUGUUUUUACAUAACAAUAGCUAAAACAUGGCUAAAAUUGAUCAAAAUUAUUUUGGGAAUAGUGAAAAAAGGUUUUAUAAAAUAAAAUACAGUGUUUAUUUAAUACAGUAGUUAACAUAGUGAAUAAACACUACUGUAAAUUAAAUACAGUAUACAAUAAAGAACUGCUGUACUGUGUAUAGAGUACAGCAAUGAGGGGUUCGGAUUAGUGGACGUUCGGAUUACGGGGGUUCGGAUUAAAGAGGUUCUACUGUAUUGAUUUAGAGUUGAUUUGUUAAAAAAUGGAGGUGUUACUUUUGCCUUUUACCAUUAGAUAGGCAUAACAACACAUCAUUUCACCUGAUUAUUAAUAUUCUUACCAGCCAUUGCUUUUAAUAUUUGGGCUAUCCAUUUAGCCAAAAAUAGUUACUGUAUGUCCAAAAAUAGCCACUUAAAUAAAAUCUACCACAAAUAAAAAAAUUAAUCAAGGUUAAACAUGUUAAAAUGUUUUAUAUUUGAACUAGUAAUUAAAAAAACAAACUGGUAAUGUUUGAGAGGAUUAUGGAGAGUUGUAUUUAAAAUAAAUAAAUUACCAAUGUGGUCACAUAAAUAAACAAAAAUACAUUUCCUUGAAGAUUAUUAGACAGUAAAUAAUAAUCUCAAACAGCUUCAUAAUUAAAAAUGGAACACAGACCGUAAAAACUGCAAAACAUUAUACAUUUAGAACUAUAAGUAUAAGAACUAUGUGAGCUUAUUUAGUUACCGGCAGUAAAAAAUUAAUGGCUUGAUGACAUUCCUAACUUCCUAAACCUAAAACCUUCCUAUACUAUAUCUAGGUUCGUGGUAUUGUAAUGUUAAAAAAAAUGAUGAAAUAUGGUUUUGUAUAACAACUUAAUUCCACAAAUCUCAUUUUUAGUUUGGUUUUGUAAAACUGGAGACUGGCUAAAGUAUUGUAAUUUAAACUUUAAAAGAAUAUUUAUUUGAUUGUUAAAUUAAUAGGUAUUUUUUACUCAUAUGUAGUUCACUUAAAUCUAGUCAAAGACUUAACUAUAAAUAUUCGUUAAGUAACUAUCAUCUUGUUUGAUUGUACACUUAUGCUAUAAAAUAAUAUUUAUCAAAAGAACUAUUUUCCAAUUAUUCACUGAAAACAUAUCUGAAUCUUAUUAAAGUUAUUUUCUAACCAAUUUGUUACCAAAACAAUUUGAUAAAUUCAAACUUUGGUUCAAUUCAAAUGUUAUUAUUUCUUGGGCCUAAAGUAAUUUGGGUUAUUAAACUUAUUCUUCUUGUUCAUAUAAAUAAUUGCAACUUUAUUUAAGCUUUAACAGUCAUUUCUACAAAUUUUACAUGAGGUAGUUUUUGUUAUACGUAUACCGUAGUAGCUUACUGAAUUUGUUGCCUUUUUAGUGUUAAUGCUAUUUUUUGAUUGAUUUUUGUUGUUAUUUUAGUAAAUCAAUUCAUUUAUUAAACACUAUUAAAGGUAUAUAGUUUGAAUGUUUUUGGGAUUGUUUGUCUGUAACUAUUUUCAUUCAUAUAUUUACACAUAUUAGUAAUUUCCUUUGUUAAUCAUUUUAAAGUGUUGAUUGUUUAUAUUUUUUGCUCUACUGGUUCAGAUAAAGUUAUC